GUCCUCUACUUCGGUAUAUGUAAACAGCACCGCCCCGAUGGUUGCUUGUUUUAAGCGUGGAACGAUCCGCCGGGCUCGAUUGACACUGUCUGAUCUGCUGCUGCGGAUUGCUCAGAAUAACAAGGCUGCUCGCUAAUUCCCGUCUAUCGGGGCUUUCGCCGAAACGCCGAGAGAGUAGGGUCCAAAAAAAAGCCAACAAGGCAGGCAAGAACGCCGCGCCGCCGCUGUCUGCACCCAAGAAUGGCUUCAGGAGACCUUUACGAGGUGGAGCAGAUCGUGGAUAAGAGGCGGAAUAAGAAGGGUAAGUGGGAGUAUCUAAUUAGGUGGAAAGGCUAUGGAAGUAAAGAGGACACCUGGGAGCCAGAACACCAUCUACUACACUGUGAAGAAUUUAUUGAUCAGUUCAAUAGCUCAAGACUGCACUCACACAAACGGCCUAAAGUUCCCAAAAACCGUGGAGAGCCCUUCAUCCCUAGCCACCUUUCUGCAACGGAUGACUCAAGAGCUAGAUCUGAAGUUCGAAAAAAGAAAAGGACUAGUGGCUCAACUGUGGGGGUGAGAGUAGGGACUGUUCCGGGGAUUGGAAGUGGAGGAUCAGGACCCACUCAAAAGCAGAAGAAAGUGGGUGUAGGACCUGGAAAACAUGCUUUAGGGGACAGAAUGAGCAAAGCCAUGACAUUUAAAGCUCCUCCGCCAGGCGGACCUCCCUUUGUCCCAUCAUUGAGGGUUCCUCAUAAUGGACUCCAGAAUGGAGAGAUGGACUCUGUCAUGUACAGGACUGCAGCAAGGUCACAACGACCACCCUCAGACAGGGUGGAUGGAGAACUAGGACAUAUGGAAGCCAGCGGACAGCAGUUUACUACUGAACUAGGCUCACCUUUAGCCAAUGGGAAGAUGCACCUACACAGCUCAGUGAAGCGGAAGCUGGCUGAGGAGAAAGGCUACGUUUUUGACAAGCGGCUCAGGUACAACGUGCGACAGAACGAGAGCAAUUGUCGAUUUCGAGACAUUGUGGUCAGGAAGGAAGAGGGCUUCACGCAUGUCCUGCUCUCCAGCCAAACAACAGAUAACAAUGGUCUGACGCCAGAGAUCAUGAAGGAAGUUUGUCGAGCUUUGGGUAAUGCCGCUGCCGAUGACAGUAAAUUACUGCUGCUCAGUUCAGUGGGGACUGUUUUCUGCAGUGGCCUGGAGCCAUCGUAUCUGAUAGGGCGUCUGUCCACUGACCGCAGAAAAGAGAGCAGUCGCAUCGCAGAUGCUGUACGGGACUUUGUGUUGGCAUUCAUCCACUUCAAGAAACCCAUUGUGGUGGCAAUAAACGGCCCUGCUCUGGGCUUAGGAGCAUCCAUCCUGCCACUGUGCGAUGUGGUGUGGGCCAGUGAAAGGGCCUGGUUCCAAACUCCAUGUGCAGCCCUGCACCUCACUCCUUCUGGAUGCUCCUCUUACACCUUCCCUCAAAUACUGGGCGUUGCUCUUGCCAAUGAGAUGCUCUUCUGUGGAAGAAAACUCACAGCACAAGAAGCAUGCAGUCGAGGGCUCGUGUCGCAGGUCUUCUGGCCAACCACAUUCAACCAAGAGGUGAUGCUGCGUGUGAAGGAAAUGGCAUCUUGUAGCGCAGUGGUCUUAGAAGAAUCUAAAUGCCUGGUGAGGAGUAUCCUCAUGUCCGUCCUGGAGGAAGUGAAUGAGAAGGAAUGUCAGAUGUUGAAGCAACUAUGGUGCUCAACUAAAGGACUAGAGGCACUCUUCAGUUACCUGCAGAACAAGACAAGUGAAAAGUAACCAUCCCACCACAGAAAUUAUAGAUCAUCAUAUGAAGCUACCUAAAAAAAAAAAAAAAAAAAAAAAGGGGGAUCAGGUUGGCAGUGCUGUGGUGUCAAACUCAUUACGGGCCUUUAUUUCCAUCCAUCAGCAGGAGAAUUCUUUCUGAUUUCUUUCUGUGUAUAUCUGUUAAAAAUUCAGUCAUGAUCACUUUUCUAAAACAGGUUUUUGUUUUGACCCCAAGUUUUCCAGAUUUCCACGCUCUGUGUUAAGGAGUCAAAGAGCAAAGGCCAAAUAUGCAUUGCGUAAGCGCAGGGAGGUACAGAGUGCAUCUGUACAUUUGUGAGACUUAUUCAACAAGAUGGAUGAAAAAAUAAAUGUAUUUCUGACUGCACAUGACAAAGUGAUGAUAAUAUAUAGAAGAAUAAUAUAUAUUUAUUACAAGCGUGUAAAAGAGUUGCUUUGUGUACAUAGGAUGCAUUUUUCCAGGAUUUUUCUUUUAGUCUCUUACUGUUUUGAAUUGAAGUGUAAACCAAAGUUUGCAUGAGGACACAGUUGCUUGCUCCUUAUCAUGCACAUUGUCUCCUAUUUGUAUUGACUGUAUGUAGGGGGGGGGGCGUUUCAGUGACUGCUCAAAACAUAAACAAUCAUGAAGUAGUGUGGAAUUUGUUUUCUCAUAAUUAUAUUUUCUUACAUAAACAUCUUUAUUAAAAAGAGCAUUUCUGUUUGCUUACAUUAUUAUAAUAACCUGCUAGAUAAAAUGAAAUUCUUCCAUUUAAAUAAAAUAAAAAGUAUUUCAGGUGAUUUUUUUCUUUAAUAAUAAAACUAUUGUUAUCCAACCAACUUUAGUCGUUUACCUCUUUAACAAUAUAGGCAAGACUACUGCCUUUUAUUUUUUACAAAUAAUCACACAAAGGCCAGGAUUUCUCUUUUCUUCCUGGAAUAAUGCACCAAUCAUUUUUACAAAUCCAAAAAAAGGGAAAAACAUACAAAAUAAAAGCAACACUAGAGGUCUUCUGUGAAUGCUAGCACUAAAUAGAAAUGCUAAAAGUAACUGACUGCAAUUCUCACAGGGGAGAAUUGGUGAUGAAUCUGAUCAAACUUUGCGCUACAUAUAGAAGCCUUUAUUGAGUAAUUGAUGCGGAUUGUCAUUACAUAAAAUGUAUGAACAUUCUUUUUAAAAACAACAACUAAAAAAACCCAGAUGAUGUUUUUUUUUCCUUAGCUGUGUGUUUUUAGAGCACAGACGAGAUGAAAAUAUCUGGAUUCUCAAGCAUCUUCAACUGUCGUUGAACAAUAAUGUAGGAAUUGAACAUUUUUGUUGUUGAAAUCCACUUCCUGUCCUAACCUGCAUGUGAUCAUUCAAAGUUUCAAGAAGUUUUAUAUUCUGUAUAUUUAGGGAUCUAUUUUGUUUUACCAAAAUGUAAAUGUGUCUAGCUCUGUGUACAUUUUUUAAAAGGUGUCCAUUUUGCAGUUAAAUAUGAUAAUAUAUAUAUAUAAUGUAGACUGUUUUCUGUAAUUAAUUGCAUGUAAUAUACUGUAAAUGUGCUGCUUGUCUGAAUUCCUUGUAUUUCAGGGUAUGUUUUGUACCACCAUUGUAAGUACUGUUAGCAAUGUUGCGUUUUAUUUUUGUAUUUAUUUGAGAUAACUGUUGUGCCGUGCCAUGUGGUUUACUUUGCUCCAGAGGCACCCCGGCUUCUUUUUCGUGACCCUGCAGAAAAGUGAGUUAGCAAAAUAGGCCCAGAAAACAGAAAAUGGUAUACAUAAAUACAUAUGUCCUUCAUGACCAAAAUGUUAAGUGUUGUCACUUGAAGAUAUGAUUUACAAAUAGAAGUGUUGUACAUGAUCAGUGAGAGACAUGGGCUCAUUUAAUUUACUUUACAUUGUGCUUUAAAACCUUUGUGAGUAUGAGCUGAAGUCUGUGGUGUAAACAGAUUGUUAACAUUUGUAUAAGAUUUCAUGCAAUGUGAGAUUGUUAAAUGAUUUUGUGGUCAUUGAUUGCUGGGAUACUAAGGUUGGAAGCUUUUUGUUUUGUUCUGUUUUGUUUUUGUCAACCAAAAAUUGACAAAAACAAACAAUGGCAGACUUCCACCUAAGCUCAUUAAAUCUAAAAAUUGCCGUAUACUCAGGUUUCUGUACAAAAAUUCAUUGUGGUCAUUAGAUCCAUGAAAGGAGACCCUGUCUUUACUUCUAUUGUAUUAAUCUGAUAAUAGAUUAUUUAUAUUGUGUCAUUUGCUUCAUAAGAAGAGGUAUAAUAUGGCUUCUGUACAGCAUCAAUGAACACAAAUCACUCAGGUCUGCUGAGCGUUACUCACGCAGAAGAUUCAUGGACUUUAAUUCAUUUAUUUAUUUUGUAAAAUAUCAAAUUUAUUUGAGUGUCAACUUGGACAGAAGAAGCAUUUCUUUGAUUUGAAACUUUAUUUAGGGCUAUGGGAGUUUCUAAUAGAUUUGAGCCCCAAAGCACCAGCUCAGCAUGUGUUUGAAGUGUGCUUGAUGAGAAUAUUUGAAGUAGAUCAGUUAUAACUUGCUCCAUUAUUUAUUACAAAUUGCAGGUUUAUAUUUUAUUUUAUUUUUUAAAUACACAUACCUACAUGUGUAUUUUUUCCCUACACUGUCUGAAAGCACACCUUGGGUUGCCUUAUAAUUUAAAUGUUUGUCAAGGAGUUAUUCAUACAUUGUGAUGAGUAGAAUGAGCUGCUUCAAAUAAAGAAACAAUACUUUGA